CUGGCUCAUAUCCUAACAUGGAUCCAGGAAUACUACAGCAACAACAGCAAUACUUUGUAAAACAAGAGUCUGGCGGUUCUUACGACGUGCAACCCGAACUGGACUAUUCUACGCUUUCUCCCGUUUCCGGCUCUCCCUAUGGUUCACCGUCCGCCUAUGACGCCGACAUGUGUCGAUCUUACAAACCUUCUAGCUUCCUUGAAAGCAUGGGCGGCUCUCCGGGUCCUGAGGUCAAUAACGAUUUUGAAUUCAGUCCAAUGAGCGCUCCCACAUCUAUUCCGAUGGAUGUUAAACCCAAUCGCGUUAGUCGACAAGUUCAUAAUAACUAUGGUAACAUUAGUGUGUCAUUGCCGGCGCCGGCGCCUGCACCUCUCAACUGGUCCUAUGGUGCAAGUGUUGAGCAACUUCAGCCAGGAUCCUUUUCAUUCUCUUCGACCGGUGAAAUGCCUAUGAUGCCCGACUUCCUGCCUCCGGAGGAGGGAGAUAAUCAGAAACAGUAUGUGCUUGCCUUCGUAAAAGACGCCGUCGUAGAGAAUCCCACAAUGCAGAGUGCAGAGACUAAUUAUAAAUUGUCGUCAAACUCAGUUGAACGCAGGCGACGGGAUAAUAUAAACGAUCGAAUCACGGAACUUUCGAAUCUCUUGCCGUCGGUUUAUAUCGAUUCCUCGAAUAAACCAAAUAAAGGUACCAUCCUCAGCAAAUCCGUCGAAUACAUUCGCAGUCUCCAGCAGAUGUUAAAUGACAACCGUAGAUUAGUAGAAGAACAACGCCUACGCAAUUCGGAAUUGGAGGCCAGAAUAAGAGGCAUGUCGACACCCAUGGAUAGUAUUUCGGAAGGUUCUGCCAGUAGAUCCGAGCUGAAUGCAUCAUCGCUACCAACCAGUGGUCUCGAUGGAUCUUCUCAGGCACCGUUGGGUAGUAAUAACAUGACCUCAUAA